AUGAAUACAGAGUUUGUAUUAUUUUCUAUUGCCGACGAGAUUCGCCGUGUUGUUAAAAACAACAUAGAUUUAAUCGAAUUUUUUCGAAUUCAUAAAGCUGAAUUUCCAUAUGAUAUUGUUAAUGGAGAUCUUUAUGUCAAUCGUGUUAAAAAUAAUUCAAUAACCUUAAUAUUAGGUAGUGAUGGAAAGCCUACAUUCAAAUCUUCUAAAACUUCAGUUUGGCCGGUUUUAUGUACAAUUGCGGAAAUUCCUCCGCCGAUCCGUGAUUACCAACAGAACGUUAUGUUAUUUGGUCUUUAUCAUUCUCCAGUUGGACCAACUGCAGAAAGUCUACUAGGAAAAAUUGUGAAAGCUGUCGAACGGCUUCGUCGUACUGGUCUUACUAUUGAUCUUGGUGCCAGAGAUAAGUACCAUUUCUUUUUAGUACAUGUUUGUUAG